UGAAUCCGCGCGGAGAUACUUUUCCAUAGUGUUCCCGAAUCGUCGCCCCGCUUUGUGUCCCAUAAAAAAAGGCAUAAAACUGCCCAUGAGUUCACUUACUAUAGUAAAAGAAACAUAAUUACGAAUACAUGUGCUUGAAAAAAAAGACUCAAAGAUAAGAGAAUCAUAAAAUGUACUAUUCCAUCCCUUUGCGAAUGGUCAAUUAAACAUCAAGGAUUGUUGAAAAAGGCUUCAUCUGACCGAAAAAAGAAAAAGUUAAAGUGAAUAAAAGGAAAUAAAAGUAGUGAAUGAACUUUUGGCAACUUAAAACCAAAUAAAACGAAAUAAGUUUAAAAUUGCCACAUGGACGUGGCGACAAGCUGAACAGGAUUGGAAACUUCCGGUUCCGCAGAGUGCUUCAAUUUCAGUUUAAUGUCAACUCUAACCAAACCAAAUUGGCACGAACAACCAAGAUAAAUAAAGUGAACGGCUAAAAAAAGUGUUCAAUUAAUUGAGCUACCCGUUUGACCUCCACUUGGCUGUUUGAUUCUAGUUUUUUGUCGCAUCCUCUUCACUGCACUCGAAACAAAAUAAAAAGGAUCCGAAGAGAUAAAGGCGGGAUAUUGAGGGAGGACAGGGAUAAACUGCAUAAAUCAACGCCACUGCCAAAGCCAAGAGCAACAAUAACUGGAAGCAAUUAAUUUUAUUCAAACAAGAGCAACAAUAAGGACGCCGGCAAAAAAAUGGAUUACGGCUGGCUGAUGUUUCUGUUCAUCGCACUUUUAAUUGAUUACCCCAUUGCAUCAGCUCUGUUUGUCACGGACAUUAGUGUCCCGGAAAUCGUAGACUUUCGGGACAAUGUGACGUUAUCCUGCAGCUACGACAUGCGAGGUCACACCCUAAACUCUGUUAAAUGGUACAAGGAUCAUGAGGAGUUUUUCAGAUAUUCUCCCCUGACGAGUCCGAUUUAUAUGACGUUUGGUGUUCAGGGACUGCAGGUGCUAGAUGGCAAAUAUUUAUGCAACGAAUCCAGCUGUAGACUGGACCUGAGUUUGCAAGGAGCUAAGUCGACGGGCGUUUACAAAUGUGAAGUUAGUGGCGAUGCACCGCAUUUUAAAUUGGCCGACAAGGCCGAUAAUAUGACGGUGGCAGCCCUGCCGCAAAGCGAUCCGCUAAUAGAGAGUUUUAAUUCAAUGUAUCGCAUGGAAGAGUUUCUUAGUGCCACCUGCUCCUCGGACUACUCCAGCCUGCCGACUCGGCUAACCUGGUACAUCAAUGGCGAACAGCCACUUUUGGGUGAGCUGCAGCCAUCGAUUGACACGAGCAUUCCGGCCCAUGAUUACGUUUUGCGGCGCCAAAGGCUGCAAGUUCAUUUCUAUCUACAAGGACAGCGCUUCUUUCAGGCCGGAAAGAUCCUGGAGCUCAAGUGCGUGGCGGAAAUUGAAAAUUACCCAGAAUUGAGGCGUGAAACCACGCUCAGUGCAUCCUUGUCGCAAUUCGACAACUUCAAUAAUCAAAUGCCACUGAGACACGCAAAUACAAACUCUGGAGCACGACAAAGGAAUUGUCUUGGUGGCAGGACAUCAAUAAUUUCCGCAAUCCUAGCGGUAUUUUCUUUGCUCCAAUGCCUGUGGCGCCCGUCAUGAACACUCACAGCUAUAGGGAAUACUGGGGAUUAAGUGAAAACUGUCGAUUUGGAAUGGAAAUUGCCUCGUUUGGCAACCUUGUCAACUAUAUCAUCACGUUAGUUAGUCAGUCAGUUAGUCACUAGUUAGUUAGUUAGUUAGGAUAACAGACAAAGGUAAGACCGUGACUCUAGCCAAUAGGAAAAGCUUUGGGUUGCCAAGUGUAAAUACGAUUCAAGGAGCAAGGGCAGCCUCAAGGACUAAAAUGUUACAAUUUAUACAUGCUAUAGAAACAAAAUAGUAUUAAGUGUGCAAUUUAUUUAAAACUUCCUAUUAUUUUCAAGUUUGUUUCGUAAAAAUUAAAUUUUUAUGAAAGUAA